ACAUCUGGAAUUGAGUGGUAUAAUUUGUAGUAGCAAGAGAAAGAUUAUGGCAGUCCGGCUACCAUUGUUGCAUUUGCUGAGCGUCGCCGCCAUCUUGUCUUACGUCACACUGACCUGUGGACAGAUCGGAGGACAGAACCCCUAUCUGGAUCCCAGAAGCCAAAUAAUCGCCGAAAACGUCCCCCAGCAGGAGCCGUUGAUAAUCCAUGAGCCGAAGGACGUGGUGUACGACCCUGCAGGGGAGAGGAAGUACGCCGUCAUGCAGUGUGCGGCAAUCGGCAAUCCUGAACCAACUUACGAGUGGGAGCGGGACAGGGUUCCGGCUGAGGAACAGCAUCUAAUUGAGCCAGGCACCUUGCAGAAUCCAAUGAAAGUGCAAGUUGGUGAGAGAUACUCCAUUGUUGGCGGUAACCUGACCAUAAUGAACCCCAGUAACACGACAGAUAUCGGCAGCUACAGGUGCACCGCUAUCAACUCUGUAGGGAAGGAAAUCAGCAGGACAGCCACACUCAAGUUUGCAUUUAUUGGAGAAUGGGACAGAUCUCGACGCGACCCGAAGACAGUAAACGAAGGCAGUCUGCUGACAGUGACCUGUAACCCUCCCACUGCUCAUCCAGCCUUGAGGUACAGCUGGUACAAAGAUAACAACUUCGUCAUUCCGGACCACCGUGUGCACAUAUCUGACCUGAACGGUGACCUGUACAUCGCGUCUGUCCGGGAGUCUGAUGCCGGGUCGUACCAAUGUCGUGCGACAAGCGCCGCCCCGAACUCCAACUCUAACGGGAACACCCAGGAUCAGUUCAGUCCUCCCACCGUCGUCACGGUCAACAACCAGCAAAAUCUGUUUGACACCCAGCCCUCCAUGGCCUUCCGAGUGGAGGACGUCACGGUUGUACGGAACCCGACUGCGGAGGAAGACGAGCAAUCUUCUGUUACCAUAGAAUGUUUCGCAACCGGAAGACCGGUUCCGACCAUAUCCUGGGAGAGACUAGACGCCCCCCUCCCCCCGAAGGCCAGACCUUCCAACUCCAAACUGGUCAUUACUGACGUUCAACAAGAAGACGCAGGAACCUACAGAUGUACUGCCAGGAACAGUCUGGGAUCAGUCAGCGACGAGGCUAGCAUCAUUUUGAACUCACCUCCUGAGUUUUUAGGUUUUAUUCCGCCAGAGUCGAGGGGGAAUGGAGAAACUGUGCGGUUUCAAUGUCCACCGGUGCGGGGAACUCAACCUCUAAGAUACUCGUGGUUUGCUGACGACGAAGCGAUCACCAGUGACAUCCGCAUCAAGGUCGGGGCGACUACCCUGACCAUCAACAACAUCCGCGAGUCUGACCAUGGUCGGUACCAGUGUCACGUGGAGAACGAGUACGGGUCCGCACAGGUCUCUGCCGAGCUGUCUGUCAGCGACGUGCGGCCGAGAUUCUUCUCCCCAGUAACCAGCGUGCUGGCAGUGGAGGGAGGUAAAGCCGUGUUACGGUACAGCGCACGGGCCGCACCCACCCCUACCAUCCAGUGGAAGAAAAGCACCUCGAGCUUACAACAAGGCGGCAAAUAUAACAUAACCAGCCAAGGGUACCUUGAGAUCAAUGACGUAUCCAUCAACGAUGCCGGGUUGUACACAGUGUCCGUCAUCAACGAUCUGGGGUCGGCAAGUUCCACGGGGGAAGUCAGGGUCGUCGAUGCCACGGUCAUAACGACAAGCCCCUCAGAUACAACCAUUGAUACCGGAGGACUGAAGACUCUGCGGUGCACAGCGCGCACAGACAGACGUUUGGACGUCACCUACAAGUGGAUGGUCAAUGGCAGAAGACUGGAAGUCAGCGUUAACGCCAGCACCCAGUACUAUGAGAGGGGCUCAAAUGGUGACCUGAUCAUUAAGAACGCGGCCCCCAGUCUGUCCGGGACCUACACCUGCUCAGCUGAAUCAGGUGGUCUCACUGUGCAGGCGUCCUGUAGCGUCACUGUCCAAGGGCCCCGUGGAGCUCCGCUCGGUGUAAAGACUGGGGGGAUGGGUUCGAACUGGGUGGAGUUGCAGUGGUUACCAGUUCCGCAAGGCGCCUCGGCAGUAGAGUACCUCAUCGAAGGUGUUGCGAUCCCGGAGCCAAAGGAUCCUCUUGCACAAGAAGUAUGGGAACAGGUCAAGCGUGGGUCUGUGAGCGGCCUGAGAACAACUAGAGCACUCCCGUCAGGCACGAAGUCAGUCAACAUUUCCGGUCUGAGUUCCAACACGCUGUACAAGUUCCGGGUCAUAGAGCUGAACCCUUACGGCCUGGGUGACCCCAGCAUCCCGACGGGAGAGGUCCGUACUCUACCUGCACCUCCAACAAAGAAACCAGUUGUAGGCGGAGGUGGUGGAAACCGUGAGGACUUACUUAUCACAUGGAAGCCCUUUGAGAUGAGAGACUACGGAGGCCCGGGGUUUGGGUACAGGGUGAUGUUCCGGAGGAGGGGCACCAGUACAUGGGGGACUCAGGAGAUCAAGAGGAAUGAGAGCGUCGCGCUGGCGUCAUUUGUGCACGGUCCUACCCAGUACUACGUACCGUAUGACGUCAAAGUUCAGGCCUUUAAUGACCUCGGCAAUGGUCCGGAGAGUGAUCAGGUCACAGUUUACUCCUCAGGAGGGCCUCCAGGUAGGAUAAACGCGGUCCAGGUUCUGUACACCUCUCACUCAAACGCCACGCUUUCCUUCGGACCACCACAGUACCGGGGCAACCUGCUGUAUUACGUCAUACGGUACUGGAAAUCUAACGAGAGAGCCAACAGUUCGUACGACCCCGUCAACUACCAGGUCGUGCCGAUUGAGCAGGCUCGUGUCAGACCAGUCCGCUAUACCGAACUAGAACCGCUCAACCCGUACCUCUGGCCCAUCCCUGCCGACGAGGAGCCGAGGAGGUACCGACGGAAUCCCGACGACCCACACGUUCGGGUACGAAGAGCCGAAGCCGGGCCCCACUAUGGCGUCGUGACCGGUCUCGCUCCGAAUCAGCAGUACCGGUUUUCGGUCCGAGCCCGUACAGACGGAGGCAGGGGUGACUAUAGUAGAGAGGUGUCAGGUACAACGUUAGCAAACGCCGCACAGUCCAGAGCGGCGGCCGGGGGCCUACUAAACCAACCGUGGCUGCCGACGCUCCUCUGGGUGUUCCUGGCUCUCCUGAUCCUCCUGGCGCUGCUGUGCUGCUGUCUGGGGUGCUACUGGUACAAAAACGUGCGGCCCACCAAGCUGAAAACAAGCAAGAAGCAGAAACCUGCAGAAAUAUCACUGGAUAACAUGUCGACCAACAGAAUGACGCACGCUCAUAAAAAGCAGCUCCUUCGUCACAAACCCAACCUUGUAAAGACGGUAGAUCCGGAACCAGUCAUAACCCAUCUGGUCCAGAAGGAGGUCCUCCCGAAGAGCAUGGCGGGACAGAUCCGGAGCCCUAAGAAGCCAGAAGAAGCGCACGAGAAGCUGCUGACCGUGCUGCCGUCCCGCCCCGACCAAGCCUUCUUCCACUACUGUGAUGCCGUACGGAAACAGGACUCUAGUCUAGCCGAUCAGCUGGAGAGGAAAACACCGUCCAUCAGCUCAAGCGUGGAGAACGGGGUGUUCAGUUCCAUGCCGCUGAAGACGCCUUCCGGGUCAGAGGGCGACAGCAUCAGUAUACACGAUGCUCUUGAGACGAAGAUGAAGUAUGAAGACUUGAACAAUAGUCACUACUCCAUGGAACUGGACCCAACCGGCCCCCGUGCGCGGUCUAAACAACGACUGGUCAGCUCCUCAACAGAAGACGAGCACCCGCCGUCAGUAGUGACUCCAACUUCAUCGUCCGACAAGCACAUAUACGCGGAGGUCAAGGGGAAGAAGGAAUCUAGCAGAAGACCACCUAGUUCUGGACAACAGAACAGAGCCUUCCAGGGCGACGAUACUGGUGGAUUCUACGACGAUACAGAAACGAGUCCCAAAAGCUCCCGAGAACACACCAACGAAGGGUUUGAUGACUACGAGCUGGAUCUUCCACCGUAUCCGGCCAGUCAGAGGGCUAAAUCUAGAUCUGGAUCCAGCCAACAGUCGCCAAGAAGCAGUGAGAGGAUGGAUCUAGAUCUGGUAGACAACCACAGGGGUCGCGCGAAAUCUGGAUCCACUCAACAGUCACCGAUGAGCAUCGAAAAGAUGGAUCUACAACUGGCUGAAGCUGAUCCGGUAGACAUGACACCUCAGUUCGCGGCUCCAUCCUUUGAACCUAGGCCAUCACGGCGACAGGGAUCCCUGGGUCCACCGUUGGGUCCUCCCCCUCCAGUACCUGUCCCCGUGUCAAGGCACACACCUGUAUCAGCACCUGCACCUGUAUCAGCACCUGCACCUGUAUCAGCACCUGCACCUGUAUCAGCAACCGUUCCUAAAUCUGUACCCGAACCUCUAUACUCCACUCCUCCUUCUAUCGAGCCACAUCCGUUCGAGGCUCAGUCGGGACAGAGGGUGACAGCAGAGGACGGGUGGCCUGUUAUCAUUGAGGUCUACGGGCCCGCUGACGAGGUACGAUGGCUGUACGAAGGCCGAGAGUUGCCGAACUGCACUCAGUACCAGCAGGAGUCGGAGUCACCGGAGUGUCACCUGCUGCAUAUCAACGGUGUGAACCGGCAGAACGCAGGCGUCUAUACCUGCCAGGGCACCGUCUACGGGGAGGGCACCGUCUCGUGUGACGUCAUCAUCGAGAUAGCAGGGACUAAGUCCAAGACUGGCUCUUACACAAAUAUGCCGAUCUACGAUGACGACUACAGUCUGCACCCACGUGACGACUAUGACGACCGUGAUCGUCAUUUAUCAUCACAGGUCUAAAUUCGUAAGUGUAUCUUAAGAGCGUGUCACUCGCCGUCAUGACCAGCAGGGGUGUUUGAUUUUAAUUUGCAGAAAUUCUAUGGCGUUCUGUUCAAUUCCUAGAGAUUUCCUUGCCUCAAUGACAAAACAGCAACUUGAGAGGAAUCUGAGAGGAACCUGUUUGUUUUAAUCACAAUGUACAUAGUGGUAACUAUUUCUUAUAAACUGAAUUUGAGUGUACAAAUUGUUAAUCAAAGUCUUCCCAUGACACUGAUUUUACGAUAUCAAAUCUUGUUUUAGUCUUGGUUUAUUGCUUACUAUGAAUAUUAGGUUUAUAUAUUCACAUUUAAUAUUAAUAUUGUAGAAAAGUUGUGUUCAAACUAUAUUAGAAUACAGUGUUCAUUUUAAUAUCUAUUUUCCAUAUUAAAUGAGUGUACUUAAUCAUGUAAUUCGUAAUCAUUCGGUGCCAAUGAUGCGGUCUUCACCACCGCUGCCAUGUGUUGUCGGUUUGUUUUGACUAGACGUCUGUCUGACUGUUUGUCAGAUUAUGAUAUUGUACUUAGAUCACCCACAGACUAGUCAGUGCAAUUUCAAGUUGAUAAGUCUAAUCUCUAUAAAGAGGCACCGGUAUGUGAUUAAUUUUGACUUUGGCUACGACUUCAUUUCGAUCCUUAAUUAGCUUGAUUUAAGGUGGCGGUCAGCCUAACGUUUGCUUAAUUUGUUGCAAUAUUCAUAAACUUAGGCUGUGCUUUACAGCGAUACCAUAUUCUUGAACACAAAUAUAUCAUGAAGUUCAAAUGAUAAUAUGGUGGGGUUAUAUGGUGUAGUAUUUACGAGUCCGGAGAUGCCAUAGUGUAGAUAUUGACAACGUACGUUAAACUGUACAAUUGUAAAGACUCAUUUUCAUGCGCUCAUGCCUAUUUGGAGAAUAAAAUGCUUUUUGACAAUCA